GAAGCUGUCAAAUCGCAUGAUGGACGCGCUGCGGACAGUUUGUUCCAAAAACAUUAUAAAAUUCCGUAUUUACAUGUCAUGCUAAUUUUGUUGGUGUUAAUCAUUAUUUGAAUUCAAAUCAACAUCCUUGUAAGGUACUGCACGAAUAAAUUAGAAAUAUUUCAACCAUUCUAGGUGACUGAUUCACCCAAAACAAUCGGCUGUCAAAUGUCACCAUCAGAAACGUAAACAAACUUGGCUGGCGUGAAACAAAGCUUCCCACCGCUUGGUCGGCAUUUUCAUGCUGAUCCGAAUAUAUUUGCACAAUACAAGCGUAUUUACCGAUUACAACACUUACCGAGAGCGGCAAACAGCGAAACAAACACACGACAAAAGGGUUCAGUGUACGACUGUCGAUAAAGGUUUGAUACUUCCACAAUGAUACCGUUCUACCCUUCGCUGCAACCGUCUGCGGCGUACAACUUUUGGUUUUCCGUUGAUGAGUCGUACGACGAUGAUGCCGAAGUGAAUAACCUGGAAACGGAACACACGGAAUGGCUAAACCGAAUCACCUUAAUCGGACAGGAACUGACGCCAAUUGGCAAAAGUUCCAACGAGCAGCACAUGGAAAACAUGGACACGGAGGAUGAGGAUGCGAACGACGAAAGCGAUGAUUCGGACAAUUCGGACGACGACGAUGACGACAUGGAUGAUAUGAACAAUACGCGGAACCUGCCGGAUGAAAUUACCGUCGUUACCGGUGGAUACAUGGGGGAUGACACGCACGCAGACACGCUGUAGAAAGGAGUCGCACGAUUUACAAUGUCCUGGCCACUUCCUCUGCUGCGUAUCAUUAUAUUAAGCCUGAGUUGGGUUAAGUUAUCGGUACUGGUACAAUGUAAAAACUUACUUUAAAAUAGAUCAUACGGCCAGUUCAAUUCAAAAUGCGUCGUCUGCGAGAGUGGAGAGUGUAUCUGCAUCGUUCCACUUCAUUGUUGCUGGCAGCUAAUGAGAUGCUUCAUCUUGGUUGAACAUUAAUUCGGUUCAUGUAGCUUUGCGACUUAUUCGGAUGCAUGCCGUCAUCAUGCUUCAUACUGCAAGAGAGAACUGACGCUCUCUUCUUGCACUGCCUCCCCAUUCCGAGGACGUUUUGUACAGGCGUUCCGAACAGCGUCGAAUAAAUAUUGUGAUAUUAAAAGCAAACCAUAUUAAACAUCCAA